AUGUAUAUGGAGCGGAUGGUUAUAGCCGUAGCUAGUGGUGGUCCGUUGGAAACAGUGGAGAAUAAUGUAACUGGCUGUCUGUGCGACGUCAACCCUACUGACUGGGCUAGGGCCUUGCAACGCACUGUGCUGCACGGAGACACGGCUAUAGAAAUGGGGCGCAAUGGAAGGAAACGGGUUGUUGAUCUUUUCUCAUUCGACGCGUUCACCAGGCAGCUGAUAGAUACUGUAAAUAACAUGCUCUAGGA